UGGAGGCACUGUCAGAAGACAGGAUACUGGGCUAGAUGGACCUUUGGUUUGACCUAGUCUGGCUCUUUUAUGUUCAGUGCUAGCAAAUGCCAUAUUCCAUGGGUUUUGUUUUGAUCUAGGGCACAGGAGGAGCAGCAAGGUUUAUAGGGCACCUGGAAGGAAGCAUUUCAUAGACCGUCUCUUGAUUUUCCCUUCUCGUUACAACCGGAAGUAGUUUCCAGGAUAUCUUGGAGAUCUCCAGUUUAAAUACUGGCAAUGCUGAAUGAAACAGCAAAACUUAAGCCUCCUUCACGAUCUUGGACUUUACCUCAAUCUCCCCUCAUCGCCACCUCAAUGUAAAUAGCUAAGCUAGGGAGUGGGGGGUAUUCCAUGAGCUGCCCCCCAGGUGCGCCAGUGGUGGGCUCUUCAGCAGUAUGUGUGAGGGCAGAACGAGCACUGCAUAGUAAAAUGGCAGCUGGAGUGAAAGGAACAUCUACUAAUGACGACACCAGCAGAAACUAUGGAGUCUUGUAGUGCCCUGUGCUUGUAUUGUUAUCUGUGAAUCUGCUCAGAGGCUCCUGGGGAAACCCCACGAAGGACAGGCCCCUUCUUGGCAAAACAAGUUGAGAGUGAGCCUUGGGGCUUGUCUACACUACCAAGUUUUGUUGACAAAACUUAUGUCAACACCCAAAAGUCGACAAAACAAAAAUUGCCGAAGGGUGUUCACACUUGCUCCCUCUGACAGAUCGUGUCCACACUGGGGACACCAGUAUCGACAGGGUGAGCAAUGCACCGUGGGUAUGUAUCCCACAGUGCAGUGUUGUGGGAAGGAAGAGCUGAUCACUGCGCAUCUUGGGAUUCUCUCACAGCCCCCUCAGCUGCCAGAGCAGCACCGUGAAUAGCAAUGUGAGCUCUCUGCGCUGAGGAAUGGCAAAGCAGCACAGCAGACUGUCCCCGUCCCCCGGCAGCAGCAGUCUGUGUCCCUAGUGCCGGGCGGAACAGGAGCAUUCCAGUGUUUGCUCUUUGUUGGCUCCCCAAAGGGAGCAGCACAGGGAUACUUCCCGGAGCUUUGAAAGGGGAAGGGCGCAUGCCCGCAGGAGAUCAAAACACUGAGCUGAGCAGCCAGGACAGGCAUUGUGGGAUACUGGCGGAAGCCAGUUCUGUGGACAGAACAGUCAGCAGUGUCUGCGCUGGCUCUUUGUCGACAAUAAAGGGAGGGGAAAAGACAAAAGUCUCAUAGGUGUGGAUGUUUUUUGCGACAAAAGUCCCAUUGUAGUGUAUACACUCUUGCUGUUUUGUCGCCAAAAAGCAGUUUUGGGGCCAAAAGUUGCCUGUGUAGACAAGCCCUCACUUGUUGAUCAAGGACAUUACACUCAUUGGGAAAGGGAGGAGAUAGGGUACAAACCCCUGGUUACAGGGUCAUGCAGUUUAGCAGACAGACAUCAAGGUGGUUCUGUUCAUGUAAAAUACACUCCUGUUGAUAGACAACUGUAGCUUGGUGGUUUGAGUUCACCAGCAGUGGAAAAACUUGCAGCUGAUGAGCUUUGCCCUGCAGUUCCAGGGAGUGCACUGUCUGGGGCUGCAUUUUCAGACUGAGCAUCGCUUGAGGGAGGAUGGGAGGCUAACUGUUUGGGGGACUGCAAAUGACAGGGCCUGGCCUGCUGCCUUCUCUCUCCUGUGGUGUGAGUUUUCUGUAUAGUGGUGGUGUGUGAAAGACUGUUAAAUCAAACAGGGAACACAGGCACCUUUGACUAUUUCCAAAUGGUUAAUUCUGAGCCAUGUUCCCCUGGGGAAGUAAACAGUUUAAAGACACCUCAGCAGGCUGAUGGGGCCCAAAGCUCUUCUUGAACUUCCUUCAGAGCCUGAAAAAUGUCCAGCUUCUCCAAAUCACAGGCUGCAGUUUAAAAUUGCCCCUUGUCUGUUGGACCAAUAACAAACCUGGCAGGUUCCGGGUUGGUCUGCGGGCCUCAGCCUCCGGCCAUUGCUCACUUUUGCUGUUGAUGAGCCAGACAGGAUCAGCAAUUCCAAGACUCAGUUCAGAACGGGGCUUUCUCAACAGAGCAGAGCGGAGGGACUCUGCAGUGCAUGCUCCUACAUCAAACCAAGCUGGCCGGUCCAGUUUUAGGCCUCUCUCUGUCCCAGUGGCAUUCCUUCUAUUGCUUGAGCUUCAGUGUUGGCACUGUGCCAACGGAUCAGGAGACAAUGCCGGCCCCAACGAGCUGCUUGUUCUGGUACCUAGCCUUGCAAUGGUGACUCCUGCAGGAGUCCUUUUGUUCUGGUCCUCUUUGGGUCACUGGGGCAGCUUUGGACUGCCUGCAGUACUGUCUCAGUAAUGACUGAGCAUGAUGUGGAGGGCAGCCAUGUCUACCACUGUGCCCAUCCCUCCUGUAGACACAGUGGCGUAUGCACCAGCUACAGGUAGAAAUGUUGCAGGGGACAAUGUUGGACAGCUUUGCUGUGAGGAAGAGGAGACUGUCAUCCCGGCAUUGGGGUCAGAAUGGAAGGAAGAGAUGGGUGGGGGCUGGGUCCCUGUGAGGGAGUAGGCGGGAAUGAGGCUGUGGCCGAGCAGAGCUUUGAAGAUCCUAUGCUUACGCUUUGUGGGGAAUGGUAGAGUCCGCACGGGUGGCUGGCGACAUGAUGCAGGUUGCUAGCAGCAUCUGGAGGGAGAAGCAGGGAGACCUGAGAGCAGAUUGCAGGAGUUAAGGAGAGGUGACCAACGUGCACAUGAGGGCUUUAGAUCUUGUCUUCACUAGGAAAAUGUUGUGGGAGCUAGAACUUGAGCCCAAGGGACAGUAGUCAGUAGUGAUGGCAAAGGCAGCAUUGGGAGGGAUGUGGAGAAGCUGUGGGUUUAUUUGACCAAAGUGCCUUUGAGUCGGUGACCAAACUACUUAACUUGCUACCUCACCCUGCCUGUCUAAUGGGCUGGACUCUUGGUGAGCUGUCUGUGGUAACAGACCCUAAGAGGAUCCCAGGGUCCUUCCCUCUGUGCAAUAUGCUGCACUGGAAGCUGCUGAGGAGAGGAGUGUGGGUGGAAGGCAGGUUCACUGGUGGCUUCCUGCUUUUGUUCAGGAGCAGAGUAGUGACCAUGUGAAUUCUGCCUCCCAGCAGGAGCUGCUUGUACUUAUGUAUCUAUCACCCUCUCCUCAUGCCACUGAUCCAGAGAGACUAGCAGGAAGUGCAGCUUUUGGGGACACCUGCUGCCUUUAAUGUGUGAGAGAGUCCAUCUUUGCACCAAGCAGGGGGGUCGUUGAAGACUGUCACGCCAGUGGCAGGAAACUAACCAAGUGGCAUGAGAGCUGUUGAGCAUGUCUUGGAUGAGCAAGGGAGGAAGGGGGUUCUUAAUAUAGCUGUCUGGAAACUUUCCAGGCUCAAACUAUCAGGGCUUUGGAGCGGAGGCCAGAGCUGGAGAGUGGAGCAGCUCCGGAGCAGUGGAGCUGCAGGUUUCUGCCUGGAGCUGGAGGGAGCCGGAGCACAGCUCCAAAGCCUUGCAAACUAUAGCUUCCAGUUUAUUUUCAGCAGGGAUCCCAGCUCAUCUGUACAGAUUUCUAUAGUUUUCCUUUUGCUCAAGAUAAAAAGAUUUUGCGGGGAAUGUUUGCAACCAUGUCUCCAAGUGCCAUCUCCUCUUUGCCCACUCUGCCGCAUGCCCUUUGACCCCAAAAAGGUGGAGAAGGCCUCCAAUGUGGAGAAGCAGUUGUCCUCCUACAAGGCUCCUUGCAGAGGGUGCAGUAAGAAGGUGACCCUAGCGAAGAUGAGAUCCCACGUUUCAUCCUGCGCUAAGGUUCAAGAGCAGAUGGCCAACUGCCCAAAGUUCGCUCCAGUGGUCCCAACGUCCCAGCCCAUUCCCAGCAAUAUUCCAAACCGUUCCACUUUUGUCUGCCCUUAUUGUGGAGCCCGGAACCUGGACCAGCAGGAGCUGGUCAAGCACUGCAUGGAUAACCACCGCAAUGACCCCAACAAAGUGGUGUGCCCCGUCUGUUCAGCGAUGCCCUGGGGGGACCCCAGCUACAAGAGCGCCAACUUCCUGCAGCAUCUCCUACACAGGCACAAGUUCUCCUAUGACACCUUUGUGGACUAUAAUAUCGAUGAAGAAGCAGCGUUGCAGGCUGCGUUGGCGCUCUCCCUCUCGGAGAACUGAAGGCGACUGCUGAGCAGCGGUGUGGAUCCUUUGCACAGGUCGCCUUUCCGCUAGGAGAGGUGUGACACUUGUUAAUCCCUCUGCAUUCCCUAGAGAUUAGGCAACCCAUCUCUGGUUAAAUCGCACCUUGUUUAAUAAGGUGGAAUCUUUCGUUGCACAAUGAAAUGGUGAGCGAGCAUGAUCUGGUGAGAGUGACACCUGCUGGAUGGGAAGAGGCAAAGGCGACCUUACCAAAUGUUUGUUUUUUCCAAUUGGGCAUUUCAUAUCCAUAUACGGAGUAUAUAUCUCUAUCUAUUUAUUAUUAGAUGCUUUUUGGCACCGUUGCUCCUCUUAUUUGUUGCGGUUAAUGGGUACAUAAAACAAUGAUGCAUUUUAUGUAAAAUGCCCUAGUUUUCAAUUCUUAUCCAUGGGGUUUUUUUAAAGCGUUGAGCGUUUUUUAACCUCGUAAGAGUAUUUAUUGAGAUGUUGGCCCUCCACCCUCCCGAGGGCAUGAGCCGUCUGUUGCUCAGCUCUAUUGCUGCUGCUCACGGAAGGCCAGAAGCAACGAAGCGCAUUGGGCUAAAUCUGGGAGUGAAUCUGCUGCGCUCAGAUACUGCGAUGACAGGUCUAUUGAAAAGAGCUAGGUAGAAAUGGGAAGGAAUCCUGACCUGUCCUGCCACUGGCUUUCUUUCACCUUCCUCAUUUUGUACUGGCUUUUGUGAUACUAGACUUCUUGCAUUUUUUCUACAUUAAUCGGUGUGGGACCUUUUCACGUUUUAUAAAGCAAAACAAAGCAGUUACUCUUCAUAUCGCAAUAUUUGUGUUUGACUAGGAACAAUAGUAUUUUUAUGGAACCUUAGUAAGAAAAAAGUUAUAUUUUUUAAACACAUGCUGUGGAUUCAAGAACUGGGGUGGGGUGGGGAACUGCUGGAACCUGGAAUUGAGAGGGGGCUCUUUUCCAUUUGCACCUGAGCAACAGAAAGGUUGCAUUGUUUCAUAUUUAUUUUUGGGGGUCAAUUUUUAUUUUUUAUUUUAUUUUAUUUUUCAAAUAAAGAUGCUGAUGUGCAGCCAUGCUGGAUCAGACAUGUGACCCAAGCAUGGGAGGGCGGUACUCGGAGUUACUCACCAGGCAUUAACGAGGGUGUUGGUCAAUGGAUCAAGUCCACUUCUGAAAGAAAAUAAAAACUGUGAAUAAGCUACAAGCUGUGUGUGUCUCCAAGAUGCAACGCCCUGCGAGUUGUUCAGCAGAGGGGGUGUUCUCUGGGGCAACAGCCCCAUUAGCAUUAGCAUAGCAAGGAGCGGGCCAGUUAGCGUCUUGACUCCAGGCUGUUCGUUCGCUUCUGUCGGCAUGGACGGGCUCUUUGGCUGGGAUUGUGAGGGGGCUGAUCUGGUCCUAGCUUGGCAGAGCUCAGUUCAGCAGUGGUCUGGUGUUUGGAAGCACAUGCAGUACAGUGUGACAAGCAGGCUGCCUUCCACUAUUGGUACUAACUUUAGGUCUCUUAAGUCCAUGAGUGCUAAUGUGUGUGAAUAUGGCGUCUAUAGUGUGCAAAUCCAGCCUCGGGCUGUGGCAUGGAAGCUGUAGUUAGGGACUCAGAUUCUAGUCACCUGUGGAGAAGGAAACCGAUGCUCCUCAGCAGCCAUCCAGAGGUUGGUUGGGUCUCUGUGAUCCCGGGGCGAAGAUUCGGGAGCUCACUGGGAGUGACACCAGUAGGAUAAUUUAUAAUAAACGUUGCGCCCCAGAUUUUUUUUUUCUGUUACAACUAAUUUUACAGCAUUAAAUCGUGUAAGGACAUGACUGCAAAACUCUCCAUUGGUGUGGAGUUAAACCCAGCAUCUGGUGCUGGCCCUGUCUGAGACAGGACACAACUCAACGGGCCCUUUGUCUGAGGGCGUGGCAGGCCCUGAAAUCAGGUAGAGAUCUGUUUGUAACCAACCAGGUGGCUGAAACUUUGGCCUAGCUGCAUGCAUUCUUCCAGGGGCCCAGGAGGCUGUCUGGGCAUGCUCAGUUCCAGGCUCUUGCUGUAGUGUAGAAUCAGACCAGCUUAGUCUUUCUGCACUGUGAAGAUCACUUCCUCGUUCGCUCCUCGGCCGCUGCAGGCGCCUCUCUGGGGAUAGGGCAGAUCUGACCAAAGGUUUGGGCUGAGCCUGUUUUUAAGGGAGUUGAAAUUCAUUUUGGAAUAGUAUGGCUAGCAAAGAAUGCUGGGAAACAGACUGACUGGAGCAAGGUGCUCUCUCCCUGGCAGGGAGACGUGUCUCUUCAGUUAACGUGUCCAGCCAGCGCAGUUAGGAAGGAAGUGCUGGGAGUUUUGACAGUGCAUUUCCCUGUCUAGUUUUUGCCCAAGUCUGUCACUUAAACGUCAUUGGUGACCUUGCGUUGCCUGUCGUUCAGUGGGGCUGUGUAGCACUGGUUUAAACCACCUCCUUGUACUGACUGGAGCCCUGACGUUUCCCACCUUAGAUGCCAAGCCUCAGACUGAUGCUGCGCACAGCCCCUUUCUUCCCAGCCAAGGAGAACUGGCUGCUUGUCAGUGGGCUAGUUCCCAUCCUUAACUGACCUCUGGGAUCCCCAUUGCUGGAUCCUCCUUUCUGUAGGGACUGGACAUCCUACUCCACAGCACAAAACAAAACAAAGUUCCUGGCUGGUAUCCACCAGCCCCUCUGUUGAUGAGCUCUGUGGAAGAGCCCUGUGGGAGGCAGGGCAAAAUCCAUCUAGGACCAUUUCAUUUCCUGUCUGCUAAGAGACAUCCUGUAGCCUCCCUAGUUAUAAACACAAAACGGGUAAAUCACGUACAGUCCUGCUUAGCAAGCUGGAACCCAGCACCUGCCUUUUCUAGGGAGCUGGGAGCUUUUCUCCUCCAGUGCCCUGGGAGGGGCAGGCCUGGUUAGGAACACAGCCCAGCAAUAGAUACCUUGUCCACUCACAACCUGUUGUGAAAUGUGAAGGGGCAGGAUUCAUCAGGUGCUGCGAUUCGCUCAUCCCAGAGGUGUUUGGGUGACGCUGCACUUUCACAUUCAGGGUGUUUCAAGCCAGAAAAGGCCACUAGAACCUCUAGUCUGACCUAUGUAACGCAGGCCAUUAAACUUGUCCAAGCAUGAGGUGUUGGGUGGCUGGUGGCCAUGUGUUGGCCUCUUGGAAGGGGACCUUUCCUCCAUCUAUCUCGCUGUUCUUUAGCCAUUUUGCUUUCUGGCUCCAUGCCUGGUUCCUGUCCCUUCCCGUCACAGUUAAAAUUGGUCUCAUCACUGGAUCGCUUUUUUGUUCUCUCUUUGCUCUUUUAUCCUGUGACUUUUGUUAUUUGCCACCCGACCUAUCUUGAGUCCUUCCACCUGCAGCAGUGCAGGAAGCUACCCUAUAACCCCACCCAAGGGAAGGAGCAUUGCAGCUUGCUGACCUGCCUGCUCUUGGUCUCCCAAUAUGGACACGUUCUGCUACUAAAGUCCCUGGCUUAUGGUGGUCUAAUCUCUAGCACGCUGGCUGAAGGCUGGCUGAUGCUGUGGUACCUUGCGGAGGGAUCUUCAUCUCCAAACCCUUAUUUAUCACCCUUCGACCUUUGCUCUAGCCCGCACGGUGAAACCUUUCUCCAGAAAGAGCUGAGUGGCUCUGCUUGCCGCUGGUUUUGCCCACUGACUCUUUUUUCCUUUGUUGCAAAGCAGCUGCCAUCUCCCAGCGUGCUAGAAUGCCACCUACUUUGCACCUCACUUUGAUAGUCAGGGACCAAUUGGCAGGCACCUAGCACUGGUGCAUUCCCUCUGAGGGAUGGGGUGCUCUGUUGGGUGAAAGUACCACUUCGCACUGAUGCCUGUUGACUCUUGGGGUGCAUGGCAGCUAGCUAAUCUCCUGGAGUUUGGGAGCUGGCUUGUGCAGGCCUUCCUUUCAGCAUUGCUCUGGCUGCGAGAGACUCACCAUCUGGCACCGCACCGUUGCUGCGAGCGGGUCCACGGCCAUGAUAUUUUAAACAUCUCAGUAGCCGCUUCAUUCCAAGCUUGAAGCUUAGUUUGUAAGUGGGUUACCCAUCAACGUAGCUGAAUGCAAUUGCCUACUGCAAACCCAGGGACUGAUGGAAACUGCUCCCACUCACUGCCUUUGACUGUAAGAUGAGAUCGGACAGGGAAAUUCCACAGUACAGUGCUGUUAACCUUGCAUGUUUUGCUUCGCUUAGUUGGGAUGGGUUGGGGAAGGAGGUUUUGUCUGUCUAGCCUUAAAACCCAGCCAUCUGCCAGCAGGCUGUUUUGUCCUGGGUUUGAAUGUGUACUGCUGUGGGUGGAACGUAAAGAGGGCAGCGGAAAUAUAAUCCAGAAGGCUUUCCUUCUCAAACGAGAGCCUUCUACCUUUCACAGAUGUCAGAUCUCAUCUGUUCCCAUUUCUUUCAGCAGCAUUAAGCUGCAGAGCUUACAUACCUUUAAAGUAGGUAAGCUUUAAUAAACCUACCUAACUUUUCUACUCUUUUAAUGUACUAUAUCGAAUGGGGUCCAGUUUUCCACUGGCUUUCAAGGCAUGGGGAGUGGGGAGAGUGUCUCUGAGUCUUGUCUUAAUGUAAAUUGUGUCUAACAGAAAAUGAGUUUUGGCAGGAGGAAUAUUUUACUUAUGGCUUGAGGGUGGAUGUGCUUGGUCUCUGUUCAAAGUGGUGGCGCAGCACUGUGAAACGCAAACCUUGUGCUGGGAACAGGAACAGCAAUGAGCUGGCCAGUGUGAUGAGGAAGAAUCAGAACCCAGAAACCUUGUUAACUUUCUCUAGCCCUAUCUCACCCCAGCCUGCCCGCUGACAAAUUGCCUUAACUUCUGUUCCUAGCAUGGAGUUUGUUCCUGUCUUUUGCAAGAAAUAGUCAUGUGCUAACAUAGAAGUCUUGUUUGCCAUAGGUUCAUUUGCUGUCUUGUUAUAACGAGCAGAAUCCUCUAGGGGGAGCAACAAUUACACACUUGCUAGGGGAAGCCUGUCUAGUGUACAUCUUAAGUGCUGCAUUUUGUCAUUCCACUUGAGAUGCCGUUGGAAAAAGCUGAAGCCAUGCGCAUCUUACAAUGAAAUGUGUAAAUGUCUCUGGAAUGUGUGCUGUCAUGCAAGAAAUAGUCAUGUGCUAACGUAGAAGUCUUGUUUGCCAUAGGUUCAAUUGCACUUUUGAGGCAACAGGGAUUAGUGGUUAGAGCAGGGACCUGAAAGCCAAGACAGUCGAGUCUGUCUCUACUACUCCACUCACUAGCUGGGUGACCUGGGGCAAGUCGCUUAAUCUUUGUGCCUCAGUUUCCCUACCUGAGCAAUACCCACCUUAGGGAUUAUUUAGGGGGGGGAUGCCCACCUCUGUAAGUGCUAGGGGAUCCUCAUAUGAAAGGUGCUAUAGAAAUGGGAAAUGUCACCUUUCAAAAUCAGCUGAGUGUCAGCAAGCACAGUUCAUUUUUCAGCUGUAUAUUCGUUCAGAUCUCUUUUCCUAAGCAAUGUGAUGAUGUUUGUAAAUCAUUCACUCUGUGCUCAGAAUAGCUGUUUGGUUCCAGCUGGCUAAUCUGGACUUGCUAAACGAGGGAACUGUGCUGGAGCAAGGCCGUCUUUCAAUGCGUGCCGGUAUGCUAUGUCGAUAUUUUCAGUGCAAAUACCCAGAGAUGCUAUCGAGUACAUGAAUGUCAAUGGCAUAUGGCUCUCAGACAUGCAGCGCACCGCAGCCUGCAAUAGAAAAGGGUUUUUUCAUAUGGGAUAGCUUCAUGGAUGACUUUGGGUUUAUGAGGCAGCUUUCCUACCACAGGUGUCCUAAAGCUCUUCCCACUGGAGUGAGUGAAACACUGGCAGGUGCUGCAGCUGUUCUGCCCUCUGCAGUUCCCCAGAUGUUGAGGGAAAAGCUGGCCAGGAUUUUGGGGUUGUGGAAAAACUGUUCAAAGCAGAUGGGCAGCAGCCGUCAGAUAUGGGCAGAGAGGUCCUUGAUGGAAUGGCUGAGCCAAAGGUUGCUAACUGGGCACAUCAAGUCACCGUGCGUUGUUCAGCUGAAAGAGCAGCUGCCGCUUGGGAGAAUCUCCAGGGUGGGUGACUGAGGAACUCCCUGUGCAAGCACAGCGUGUCUCAGCUAGUACUCAGCACAACGCUUAAAAGGCCUGUGUUUAAGUUCACUCAUUCCCAUACUGGGUCCAUUUUAGCCUUUAAACACUGAUCCGUACCGAGUCUGUUCGUUGUGAAUGUCUUUGCUUCUCACCCUGCUCACUCAAAAUCCAGGCCGGGGAGGGAGUGGGUUGGCGUUCUUCAACCACACUGAGAUCUAGGAGGUGGCUGCCUUCUAGUCCAGAAGCCAUCCUCCUGCAGGGUUGCUUCGUGGUCCCACUGGGGCCUGAGAGAACUUUCAGCAGUGCCAUUGACUUUGGAUAGGACUCAGGCUCUCUUGAAAAUUUUGCUCCACAGUCCUAGUUUGAAGAGCGCAAUUUUGAGGCUUAACCAAGGUGCUUCCCUGCACCCUGUUAUCCGAGUUUUAGGCUCACACUCUAGUAAUACAGGGUUUUUCCACCUUAGUCUAUAUAGUAACAGAAAAUAUUACAAAGCAUGUUUGCUCCUGGGUGGCUAGCUGUCCCUCCCCCACCCCCUCACCCUGAGGAACCUGCAGUCAUCCCUACAACACAUGAGCAAAGGGCAAACACUUAGAAGAGACCAGCUGCUCAGAGGAGUUUCCUGAGUUGGGAGUUAGCCAUGUGGGGCCACCUGGGAGACAUGAACAAAACCAUAUCCUCAGUGAGCCGGGGGGGUUUCUUCCUAGCUGGUCACUGCCCUUUCCCCGGGGACAGAUACCUGGAUUUCCUGACGAUGAUGGUACCUCCUUGCAAUAUAUGCUCUCUCCAGGGAGAAAGGAGUUGAUAUACAACCUGGGAAGGGUCUGGGUUCCCUGUUUCUGCCAGUGCAGUAUCCGGAUCACUGCCUCUGGCCUGUACUGUUGAGUCCCAUGUAUAAAGAGCUCAUGCUGCUUUGUGGGCCUGGAAGAGGGGUAGGGGUGGCAUCCUGAGCAGGUGGCUGGCGAGGACCCCUUUCUGUCGUAUAAAUAAUGAAUAGCAGCAUUUAUUGGCCCAAGCUUUGCCCUGGAGAUGGGGAACGGGAAGGUGCAACAGACGCUAGAGAGGCAGCAUGGCUGUGUGGAUAGACUUCUGCGGCUGAGAGUUGAGGCCUGAGUUCCAUCCCUGGCUCUGCCACAGCCAUCCUGUAUGAUCUUCAACAAGCCACUUCUCUGUGCCUCAGUUUCCCCAGCUCUAUAGCGGGGGCAAUGAUACCUGCUUUUGUAAAGCACUUUAAGGCCUAUGGAUGAAAUGCCCCAUAUAUGUGCUAAGUGGAUAUUUACUAUGCUCCCUUUGCAUCAGUUAUGUGUAAUAACAUAAACUAAAGGGGUUUACACUCAGAAUUCCACGUGUCGCAGCGAAUCACAAGACUUCUUCCCCUUGAACUCCUGAUUCUGCUGGAGGUGUGGGACUGUUGGGCCCACAGUUCUAGGUGUCGGCAGAGGAGUCCCCCCUGUUGCGUGUUCUCUGUCGGGUUUGGCAUUGGUGACAGUCAUGCUAUUCAAUGUGGUGUUGUGACUAUUUUGCAUAUGAAUAGAACUUUUAAUGAGACAUACUGUUUUUUGAAGAAAAAUCAAUGAUGUAUUUGUAGCAAACCAUUUUUUCUCAAUAAAUGCAGUUUCAUCCA